AUCUUGCUCCGCUCUAGAAUCUUUGGUAGUUAGCUAGCUAACGUCUGUGAAACUGUUGGUUCACUCCAUCUUUGUGGAACCUGAGCCAUAAUGUGAGUGGACAAAAUUAUUAAUUAAGAUCAGACUGAAUCAGUUCAGGUGAAGUAUCCUGAAAAUGUACUACGUUGCUCAGAACUCCUCUGGAGACACAGGAUGGGGAAUCCUCUAUCAACACAAGCAGCCAGGAAUUAUACUCACCAUCUUUGGAGCAUGUCUAUUUGGAGCUAUUGUCAGGACCCUUCUGAAAUCCCUGACGUUGCCAUACACAGUUGUAAUGGCUGUUUGUGGAAUUCUGAUGGGAUUCUUAAGUUUUCCCUAUGAACAGGUUGAUUCCUACACCAAUCAAAUUGCCAACAUCGACCCUGAACUGCUGCUUCACACUUUUAUGCCAGUGCUCAUUUUCAGUUGUGCAUUUGAAAUAGAAUCUCACAACUUCUGGAAGUCACUUCCUCAGGUUCUACUGCUAGCCAUACCAGGAUUUCUCAUAAGUACAUCAAUGAUAGCACUGUUGGUUGUCAAAGUCUUUGCUUACAAAUGGAACUGGUAUGUUGGUAUGAUGUUUGGAGCAAUUGUCAGUACAACUGAUCCUUUCUUGUCAUCAACUUUGUUGAGAACCCUGGGAACUGCGAAAGCUUUACCUCUUCUAAUAGAGGGAGAGUCACUGUUCAGCGAUGGUGCCUCUUACAUUAUAUUUGGCGUAUUUAAAGAUUUUGCCACAGAUUUGGUGCCCUUUGAAGCAUCACAGUUUUGUGUAAAGAUGAUACUGCAGCUUGUGGGAAGUCCUCUUUUAGGCUUCAUCAUGGCUAAGUUUAUAAUGUUCUGGCUGUCAUAUAUCUUCAAUGAUGGGCUAAUAGAAAUCACCAUUAGCUUGGCAACGGCAUAUAUCACCUUCUAUGUUGCUCAAUGGCUGGGAAUGUCAGGAGUCAUUACAGUACUCAUGGUUGGACUUCUUCUGGACAUUGUCAACUUUAGUCCUGAGGUUGAAGUAUUUCUCAUAAGAUUUUGGGAAAUGUUGACAUACCUGGCCAACACACUUAUUUUCUUCAUCGUUGGGAUUGUCAUUUCCAGAGCAUUUCAGCAUUUGACACUAAAUGAUUUCUUCAACAUCAUUGUGCUUUACUUUGCAGUGUACAUCAUAAGGUCAAUCACCAUUGUUGUACUCUCACCUGUGUUGGUCCGCAUUGGCUAUGGCUUCAGAUGGCAGUGGGCAUCAGUGUGUGUUUGGGGGGGCACUAAAGGAGCAUUCUGCUUGAGUCUCACUCUCAUGGCUUUCCAUGAACAAGGACUGGACGAACAUCUAGUGCGAGAAAAGGUGUUGCUUCUUGCUUCUGGUGUGGUGGUACUCUCCCUUUUGAUCAAUGCAACAACUCUGACAAAGUUUUUAAAACUGCUAGGCCUGUGUGAUGUGUCUGUGGUCAAGCGCAUGGCUAUGUACAGCGCAGUGCAGCGUGUGACGGAGAGCUCCCAGAACACUCUGAGCAUGCUCAAAAUUGACAGGUUCCUGGCAGAUGCUAACUGGGAAACAGCUGAACAGAGAGUGCAUGUCGAGGACCCCUACAAAACAUCCACUGAAGAGGUUAGCAUUGAGGACUUUUGCCCAACGGCUCGUGUGACUAAGUGCCCAGAUUGUGAGAACAACAUCCCCUAUGUUCCCUCUCAACGGGAGCGGGAAGACAUGAUGGAGGAAGCACGCAUGCGAGUCUUGAAGGCUCAAAAGACCAGUUAUUGGAAGCAGUACAGCUCUGGAAUGCUUAAUCGGCAGGCUGCACGCACAUUGAUCAACACGGCAGACAACAUGUCUGAUCUAAAAGGAAAGUUCAUUACUGUCCAGGAUGUUAAGAAGUAUUGGGAAAUGAAAGGUUUCUUUGUAAUUCUCCUGAGAAAAUUGGAAGACUGGCUGUACAAUGUCAAAGCUGAAAAACUGAAGCCGUCAAGGCAUCCAUGGCUGAAAUUGUGUUACCAGGUGGUGUUCAGUGUGUCUUUCGAGUAUGUCAUGUAUGUGUUAAUUCUACUCAACAUAUUUCCCAUCGCUCUUGGGUUCACCGAUAUAACACACUACGAGCUGGAGCUACAGGUCCUCAACUACAUUUUCUGUGCUCUGUAUGUUCUUGAAGCCAUUUUUAAAGCCCUGGCCAUGAGAAGAGCAUAUAUUUUCAAUCACUGGAACCAGUUUGAUAUCUUCAUUCUUUUGGUGUCUGGUGUCGAUAUCUACAUUGAAACCAAGUUUGGCCUGUCCGAAAUCAACUUUCAUAUGAUUAACAUUGUACGUGUGUUUAAAAUGUUUCGACUGACCAGGGCAUUGCGACUGGUGAAGAUAGUGAUACCCAAGUUAAUAAAGGUAACCAAUCGUCAAAUAAGUAAACAACUCAGCUUUGGAUACGACAUUGGAAAAGGUUACGUUAUUGGUGAGGAGGACAUUAGUAAAAUCAUUGACCACAUCUCUGAUGACAAGAGCAUCUCCACGGAACUGAAAUCCAUUUUGGAGAAGAACAGACUGGAAGGAGUGAGAGAGCUUGGCUUCCUACAGAGAGACCAUCCAGAGAUUGCUAUCUCAGUCAAAACCCGGCAGGCCAUCCGGGCUGUUCUGAACAGUGAGAGGGACACCAUUCAUUCCCUCAUGUCAGGGGGCCUCCUGGAUGACAUAGAAGCUGCAAAGCUACAGAAGAUGAUUGAGAUUAAGAUGAAGAAACUCACCAAAUUUCCACCGACCAUAUCAGCGCCCACAGCUGAGGAGCUCCUGAAGAGUCUGCCAUGGCUCUCCAAAGACACUUCGCAGAUCAAUUUCUUCAAGAGAGUGGCACAGCUUCUGUUCUUUGACUUUGGAGAUACAAUAAUACAACAGAAUGAUGCUCCUCGUGGAAUACAUUUAAUUGUUUCAGGCAUGGUCAAGAUCACAGGGUACAGCCCAGACCUUGGAGGCAAGAAGCUAAAGGACCGGAAUCAGCAGACGGACUACAGGAGCUGUGGCACCAUCCUGGGGGAGCUCAACUGCCUCACGCAGCAACCCAUGGAGGUUACCGUCACCAGUGAGACCGCCACUCAGACCUGCUUAAUUCCCAUCGACUCCCUGCUUGAGGCCUUUGAUGUCUUCCCUGAAUUCCCCUCUCUGGAGUACAAGAUUUGGCACUCACUAGCUGUUAAGAUCAGCACGACUGCCAUUAUGGAGCACAUCGUCUACCAGGGCUGGACGUACAGGCAGAUCUGUAAUCACCUGGCCAAGGCCUACGUGGUGGACCUGGAGGUGAACCGCAAGCUCAACAUCUAUGACGGCACCAUGGAGGACGUAGUCGUGGUGUUUGGCAGAUGUGACGACCUACAGUCCCUCAGCUCCUACUUGGCACCAGUACUCAUUAGUCGGACCACUCACCAGAUUGUGGGCACAGCCAACACAACCAAGCUACUGAUUGUGCCCACUGCCCACUUGGAGACGAAGGAGAGCUGUCCUGAGCUUCAGAAGCUCAACAGUGUUCCUUGCCUAAGACACGCAGCCCAGAGAAGAAGUUCCAAGCACACAGGGUCUGGACUGCUGAAGACUGUGGUGUCUGGCGAGUCUUUGGUGGGGAGCAGCAAAGAAAGUCUGAAGGUGGUGGAGCAGAAAGUGCCUAGUACUGUGAGGUUGGAAUUUUGAAUGCCUCUUGCUCACUGAUAGAUUUCGAGUCAUGUAAUCCAGUUAAAUGUUCAGACAUUAAAAUGUGUAUCUUA